AUGGAUUCUCAGACGGAAAAGAACAUGACAUUUGAAGCUACAAAUACACCAAUUCUAGCGUGUGGAUUGACCGGAUUCAAACCGUUCUCUGGAUCAACAGGGCAACUGAUUACAGUAAUCGCCACAACUGUCUUCAUUUUGGCGGGAAAUGCAAUCAAUUUGGCCAUUUUGGGUACAACUAAGUCACUCCGCACUGCGCAUGGUUAUCUCCUGUCAGCACUUGCCAUUGGUGGAUUCAUAGUUGGAUGUAAUGCUACACUAUCCAUCUACCCAGUUGUGACAAAAUGCUGGUUGUACGGGACCAUCAUUUGCCAGUUAUCUGCAUAUUUAUUCGAAUUCUGUAUGGUUUUCAAUCUCUUUAUCGUGGUUCUACUGAGUGGAGAGAGGUACAUUGCCAUUGUACAUCCAUUGAAAUACAGAGUACUCAUCACUAAAACUAAGACCAAGAUCGCCAUUGGUGUCAGCACGAUGAUUUCUUGUGUGUUUCUAACCAUACUCGCAGUAACACAGCCAGAAUUCAAGUACAAACCACGCCAAUACGUUUGUCGCCGUACUAAAAAUGAUGACAUUCGUGGGGCAUUUAUGGCUCUAUCGUCCAUAUUGUUGAUUUUCAGCUUUGCCGUGGUGAGUUAUACCUCCGUUACAAUGUUAAGGGCAGUGGUGCGACGGUCAAAUGAAAGCAAACGUUUAUUUGAGGGCGUGCACGCAUCACAUCUACAAUCUAACGCGUCCAUGGUGUCCGCACAAAACUCUCGCAUCUUCAAAGUAACUGUGCUCAUAGCAACUACGUUCUACAUCUCAUGGAUACCAGCUAUCGUCGGUGCCAUGUUGAAUGUUGCAGAUCCAAACAUUUUGGAAAGUUCACCAAUCUUUGAAUUCGCUGCACAGUGGCUGCUCAUCUCAAACACGCUCUUCAAUACAUUGAUUUACUUUUUCAUGUUGAAGCUCUUCCGUGUCCGCGCCAAGGAGAUCUCUGCACAGCUGUGUUGUUGUCUGUGUUUUGUCGUGAAGGGAAUAAGGAGGGCAGAUCCGAGCACAAACUCUGACAGUAGACUAGCUAUCGAACUUACCGUUUUCCAAAAAGGCACCACAUCUAAUGUAUAGUAUUGAUAUAUUGCUGGUGACCUGUCUUAAAAAGAGUUUGCUCCAAGACAAUGUGACACUAAAAACUGGCGUCUCGAUUGACUUUCUUCAAUUUUUUUUUCUCGUAAUAUUCCUCAACUCGGUCUUAUUUUGUUAAAGGC